UUUUAAAUUUAGAAUGGAAUAUUCUCUUUUAAAAAUUUAUUCUCGCCUUUUAUUCCCCAAUAUUAAAUUAUUUGGAAUUAUUGUUUCAACUAGAACUUUUGCUGCUAAACCAGCCGUUAAAGGAAGAGGAUCGACAGCACUUCCACCGGACCAAGAAGAAAGUUAUGUUGAAGAAGAUGCUGAAAAAUUGUGCAAAUAUGUUAAUGUAAAUUAUAAAAAUGAAGAUGAGUCUCCAGGUCCAGAAAUUCGGCCAAAUUCUGAAUACCCUUCUUGGAUAUUUAAAUUGGAUAUUGAACCAAACAAAGAGUUGGAGGAUAUGGAUCCAGAAAUUGAUGGUUGGAAAUAUUGGGAAAAAUGGGAACAACGUCGGCUUGAUCAAUUACAUUUACACAAUAAAUUGAGAACCCAAUUCUUUUGGUUACAAAAUUCUCCUUCAGUUGACAUGGUUUUGGCUUAUAGCAAAUUUAGAGGGAAAUUUGCAAAAUUCCAUGUUAUACCAAACACAACGUCUGUUUACAUGAAAAGUACAAGGAAACGGAGGCUCAAUACUAUUAAUUGGACAAGUAUAGAAGAACCGGAAAGUUUGUAUGAGAAUAAUGGCUAA